CAAACUUCCCUCUCCCGCACGGGCUUCUCCGGGGGGGCUCGGCAGCGACAGCCGCAUGCAUGACACUCCGAAAAGGAGAGAAAAUGACCAUAAGUAUCCAGGAGCACAUGGCCAUUGACGUCUGCCCCGGCCCCAUCAAACCCAUCAAGCAGAUCUCCGAUUAUUUCCCCCGCUUCCCCCGCGGGCUCCCCGCCGCCGUCGGCCGCAGCAGCAGCGCCCUGCGCCCCGCUCUCAGCCAGCCCUCGGUCAGCCCCGCCGAGGCACCCCGAGAGGAUGAGGAGGAUGUGGACCAGCUCUUCGGAGCCCACGGAACGACGCCCGCGGAGCAGCCGGCCAAGAGCCAAGCGCCCGAGGAGCAGGUGGACCCCGAGGGCUACGAGUCCGACGAUUGCACCGCGCUGGGGACGCUGGAUUUCAGUUUGCUCUACGAUCAGGAGAACAACGCUCUCCACUGCACCAUCAACAAAGCCAAGGGCCUGAAGCCAAUGGACCACAAUGGUUUGGCUGAUCCUUAUGUCAAGUUGCACUUGCUCCCCGGAGCCAGCAAGGCAAACAAGCUGAGAACCAAAACCCUGCGCAACACCCUGAACCCCACCUGGAACGAGACCCUCACCUACUACGGCAUCACCGACGAGGACAUGAUCCGCAAGACGCUGCGGAUCUCGGUGUGUGACGAGGACAAGUUCCGCCACAACGAGUUCAUCGGGGAGACGCGCAUCCCGCUGAAGAAACUGAAGCCCAACCAGACCAAAAACUUCAACAUCUGCCUGGAGAAGCAGCUGCCGAUAGAUAAAACAGAGGACAAAUCGCUGGAGGAGCGUGGCAGGAUCCUCAUCUCCCUCAAGUACAGCUCGCAGAAGCAGGGGCUGCAGGUGGGGAUCAUGCGCUGCGCACACCUGGCUGCCAUGGACGCCAACGGCUACUCCGACCCCUACGUCAAAAUUUACUUGAAACCAGAUGAGGACAAGAAAUCCAAGCACAAGACAGCAGUGAAGAAGAAAACGCUGAACCCCGAGUUCAAUGAGGAGUUUUUCUAUGAGAUAAAGCACGGUGACCUGGCAAAGAAAACCUUAGAAGUCACUGUGUGGGACUAUGAUAUCGGGAAAUCCAAUGAUUUCAUAGGCGGAGUCGUGUUAGGAAUUAAUGCCAAAGGGGAGCGGCUGAAGCACUGGUUCGACUGCCUGAAGAACAAGGACAAGAAAAUCGAGCGCUGGCACACGCUGACCAACGAGCUGCCGGGCGCCGUCCUCAGCGACUGAGCCCUGGGGGCCACAGCUCCACAGCCUUUGGGCUCCUCCCAGCUUUGGAUCCGGGGGAUCCCGGGACAGCCAGGACAGCAGGACACCCCCCAGCAGGGCCUGGCUGCAGGGAAGCCCUUCCCAGGGAAGAAGGCACAGGUAGUUUGCUCUGGUGGCCGCUGCCAAGGCUUUUCCAGAACGCCUCUUUGCGCCCUGCCGCGCUCCCAGCCGCGCUCUGCAGCGGGCACGGGCACACUCACGCUCACACACACGCAGGUGUGCACCCCUGCAUGCACUGCAGUCCAGCUCCUCUCCCAAAUCCUGCCUCUACUCCGUUACCUUCUCGCUGCCUUGCAAGUCAGUGGCAAAAA